UAGAUUGUGUUUUUGGAAAAUAUGAAACUUUACGCUCUACAAUAUUUUAAUAGUCAAUAUUGGUCAGCAUACACUUAAAAAUUGAUUCAUAGCCCAAAUCAAAGAUUGUCAUCACACUCCAAAAGCACACAGCACGCACACACAAACACACUAUAUGUUGUGAGAAAAGGAAGAGUUUCCAAGGAAAUUUUCUGGACCAGGUAGGUUUCUACUAUCUUUUUCCAGCAAGUAUUUAUAGGACUAUCCUGUGAUUGCAAAGAAUGAAAUGUUCUCUUGUGUUUGCUUUUGAUAUUCUUCUUCUUCUUGUGUUUGCAGACAUAGGCUUGAAAACCGUUCUCUUUAUCCCUCAGAGACCAAGACUUCUCUCAUAGAUUGCAAUGGCAAUGGAGUUUCAACCCCACCACCAACUCAAUCUCAUUUUUCUUCCAUAUCCAACCCCUGGCCAUAUGAACCCCAUGAUAGACACAGCAAGGCUAUUUGCCAAGUUUGGUGUUAGUGUUACCAUUAUCACUACCCAUGCUAAUGCUUUGAUAUUCCAAAAAGCCAUAGACAGUGAUUUCAGUUGUGGAUAUCCCAUCAGAACUCAACUGAUCCAAUUCCCUGCAGCCCAAGUUGGUCUCCCUAACGGGAUUGAAAACAUCAAAGAUGGCACUUCCCAAGAAAUUCUGCGUAAAAUUAGUAUGGGAAUAAUGAUGCUUAAAGAUCAAAUUGAGCUUCAGUUUCAGAAUCUGAAACCUGAUUGUAUAGUUACUGAUAUGUUUUAUCCAUGGACAGUGGGAUCUGCUGCAAAACUUGGUAUUCCAAGGCUUUACUAUUUCAGCUCAAGCUACUUCUCAACCUGUGCCCAGUAUUCUGUCAGAAAGUAUAAACCACAUGAAAGCAUAGUCUCUGAUACUCAGAAGUUUACAAUUCCUGGUUUACCUCAUAGCAUAGAGAUGACCACUCUGCAGCUUGAAGAUUGGGUAAGGACUAAGAGUGAUAAAAAACUCACAGAAUAUUUUGAUGCAAUGUUUGAAUCAGAGGGCAGAAGCUAUGGGGCACUGUACAAUAGUUUUCAAGAACUUGAAAGUGAUUAUGUGCAACUUCAUAAGAACAUAAAGGGGAUCAAAUCUUGGAGUGUAGGACCAGUUUCAGCUUGGGUUAAUAGGGAUGGUGGAGAAAAAAAGGCAAAUGAUGGACACAGCCAAGAAUUUGCACUUGCAAAAGAGCCAGAGUGGCUAAAUUGGCUUAACUCAAAGCAAAAUGAGUCUGUGUUAUAUGUAAGUUUUGGAAGCCUGACCAGGCUCCCUCAUCCUCAGCUUGUUGAACUUGCUCACGGGCUUGAAAAUUCUGGUCAUAAUUUUAUCUUGGUAAUUAGGAAAAUAGAUGGAGAUGAAGAUGGAGACAGUUUUCUGCAAGAGUUUGAGCAAAGGAUGAAAGAGAGCAAGAAGGGCUACAUCAUAUGGAAUUAUGCACCACAAUUGCUCAUACUGAACCACCCUGCCAUAGGAGGAAUUGUGACUCAUUGUGGUUGGAACUCCAUUCUUGAAAGCAUGAGUGCUGGUUUGCCAAUGAUCACAUGGCCUAUGUUUGCAGAGCAAUUUUACAAUGAGAAAUUGCUAGUUGAUGUCUUGAAGAUUGGAGUCCCAGUGGGAUCAAAAGAAAACAAGUUUUGGGUCAUUAUGGGUGAGGAUCCAAUGGUGAGAAGGGAAGAGAUCACUAAAGCUGUGGUACGGUUCAUGGGAAGAGAAGAAGAGAGCACAGAAAUGAGGAAGAGAGCAAGAAAACUUGGUGAUGCUGCCAGGAAGACUAUAGAGGAAGGUGGAUCCUCAUACAACAACUUGAUGCAGUUGAUAGAUGAGCUAAAAUCAUUGAAGAUAUCGAGAUCACUUGAGAAGAAAAACAAACAAGAUAAUUGAAAUGAAGGAGGACAAGUCUUGGUGCUUCACUAGGUUGUGUAGUGUAUGAAUGUUUAGAAUAAGAUGAAACAACAUGCAUAGUUUGAAGAUUUUAAGCUAAGAUAAAGGUGUUCUGAUGAAUAAAAUUUCGUUUCUGAUUGUGUGUUUAGCAAAAUAUAUCACUGGCCUUAUAACUGUGGUAGGUUAUUCUUAUACCAAAUCUUGUUUAUUGGUUUGUAUCUAACAACACACAUAUCUUAUACAUCAUAGUUGUUAGAUAUAAAUAAGAUGAACUGUCAAAAUUGAAAAUGUAACUUACACGGGUAUAAAAUGAUCCUGAUCCCUUAUCAAUUUACAGUUAAAUAAUUUUGGUGUGCC